AUGUCAAGUAGUCUUACGACGCUUUACUCCAUCCGCCUCUGGUCUACGAAUCCCAAUUCUCAACGAUUGCCAACCUGGCCAUUAAUGAACAUCCAAUCCUCUAAAAAUUUUAUUCAAAAACUAAAACACAAAUCUCAAGACAUCCAAGCAGUCCUAACUGGUGGUCGAUUGAUCUUGUUAAUUGGAGUUCAGAUAUAUAAAGUGCGAAAUACGGCUAACGGAGCUAAAACAAUAUAUUGCAAAUAUGACGAGCAAUUAUCGCUAUUGUUCUUGCAACGCUUUUGCUUUUGCUCCAUCCGCCUCUGGUCUACGAAUCCCAAUUCUCAGCGAUUGAACAUCCAAUUCUCAAAAAAAUUUAUUCAAAAACUAAAACACAAAUCCAUCAAGCAGUCCUACGACGCUUUUGCUUCAUCCGCCUCUGGUCUACGAAUCCCGGGUAGACAUCUAAGAACAUGUUUACAGAAAUCCGAGUCUGAUGCCUGCAACUGUACACCCCUCGUGAUCAAGGCAACUAACAAUAUACUUGAGAAGGCAAUAGUGGAUGAAGCGGGAAGACAACUUUCUUAA